ACUUAAACUUUUCACUUCAGCGUCGUUUCGAUGUCUCUUCUAAUCGUCCUGGUUCUAUUUCUCCAAGCUGUAGGAGCUCUGCCCCCUGACGAGGUCAUCGGGUACCUCGGAGAAACCGUUACUUUGCCCUCAGGAGCAGAUCCAUCACGGAAUCUCACCACCAUUGAGUGGUCAAUCUUCUCCAACACCACGUGGAUUGCAACCCGUCGCGGGAAAGUAACAAAAAUCGAGCGUAUCCCUCGAUUUAAAGGCCGACUCAGUCUCAACAUCACCUCAGGUGACUUGACGAUCCGUAAUUUGAGGAAGGAAGAUGAGAUGAAAUACACCGUGAAUCUCGACCCGAAGCAAGAGGCCAAAGGGAUCCGGCUCAUAAUUAAGCAACACCUUCAGAAGCCGACCAUUGAGACACUGUUCAGAUCGGCUAAGGAAGGCGGCUGUUGGCUGGGGCUGAGGUGUUCCUCUCAAGAUGAAGAUGUGGAUUUCUCCUGGAAGAUCGAACCCCCCACUGACCCGAGGCAAACUCAGAGAGAGAGAGGAGAUAUUUUCACGUUCCUGACGAACACGACGACCGAUGUGCAGUUCACCUGCUCCACCAGCAGGACCAAGGAAAACGUCUCGAGCACUUUCACUCUAAAGUCUGAUAAGGUCCCAACAGGUGAAGCCAGAAAACCUCUCCCCAGGAACAGAUGCACACUGGGAUUCCCCAUCUGCUUUGCCCUCGGCUUUGCCAUACCAGUGGUAUUAUACAUGUGCAGAGAAAACAUCAGCACCUCCUGUUAAUAUUUUGAAAGAGAGCGGCAGGAAGCUGGAAGGACACAACACAGGAAGCAUCGUGAUGUCAGACCAGGACUGCAGCGCCACGUGCUUAUACAAGUUAAAACAUACAGUAGAGUAAACUGCAGGCUGUGUUAUUGCCACGCCCCUCAUCUCUGUCUGGUGUUUUCUUUUGAUUCAAUACUUUACACAUUCACUCACCUCUACAUUACGUGAUGUCUCUUCUCAUGGACGCUGUAAAUAUUAUUUUGUUUCUUGUACUUCCUGACGUCCUCGUGGGACUCUGAGGUUUUAUCUACAUUCUUUCCUCUGUUAAAAGGGUUUUUUGUUAGUGUUGCUCUUGUUAAGAUCUAUGAGACUAAUUGUAUUUUGUGAAUAUGAGACUAUACAAAUAAAAGAUGAAGAUGAUGAAUAAAAUUUGAUAACAGAUUAUAA